AGCAACGUUGAAAUGUAAUUAGUUGAUGACUUGGUUGUGGGUGGCUCGCCCAUCACGCUAAACCGCACCUGUCUCCUCAUGGUCCAGUAUCCAGUGGCUACAAAUCGACCACCUCUUUCCCACUAAAAUUUCAAAACCCACCUCAUUUUUAAAUUAUCUCAAUUAUUAAAAAAAAAAAAACAGAAUAAUAAAAUCCCUGUCUUAAGCUUCACUAAUCACAAAGACAAUUAUCAUUUUCUGGAAACGCCACCUCACUCUGUGUCUCUCUAUCUCUCUUAUUUUUUUUAAUUCUUUUUGAACUAUUUUCUGUUCCAUCUAUAAUCAAAAAUAGAUUAACCAGAUCGGAAGAACUGGGUGGCGGGGAGGGGAGGGACGAUGAAUAUGGCGACGACGUCGUUUAACAAGAUCGAGAGAGCCCACCAGAUGUACAGAGAAGGGAGGUACGAGGAGGCGCUGGGUUACUACACGGAGGCCUUGGCGGUAGCCAAAACGAAGCCUCAAAAGAUCGCUUUGCACAGUAAUAGAGCUGCUUGUUACUUGAAAUUACAUCAUUUCAAAAAGGCAGCAGAGGAAUGUACCUCAGUUCUUGAGCUUGACCACAAUCACACUGGAGCUUUGAUGUUGCGAGCACAAACACUAGUCACGCUAAAGGAGUACAAUUCAGCCCUCUUUGAUGUCAACCAACUCAUAGAGUUGAAUCCCUCUUCAGAAGUUUAUCACAACCUUCAAGCUCGUUUGAGGACGCAAGUGGCACUUGCUCCAAUACCUGAAUCUGAAGCAGAGUUAGAAGAAGAGGAAGAAGAGCACGGGCAACCCAGUACAGUGAAGAAAGAAGAGGAACAAGAUGACAGAAGGGAAGACAUAGUGGUGCCAGCUGUUCAGAAAGAUCUUAAUGUUAACCUUAAUGAGGAUCUGGUAAAAGAAGAAAUGAUUGCCCCUGGAAAACCUGAUGUCAAUGAAUCCCCUGAGCAGGAAACAGAUUAUAAGAAUGUGCCUGAAAGAAAUCCUGGAGUUGCUGCUCCUCAAGAACAGAAUGAUGAGGAUUUCAAAGGAUGUCAGGCAAUCCCUAAACCCAAGGGACAUUCAGAUCAGAACAAUGCGCCUCAAAGAAUUGGAGUUGCUGCUUCUCUAGAACAGGGGAUCAAGAUUCCAAGGGAUGGCAGGCGAUCCCUAAACCAAAGGGACACUCAGCUCUGGACUAUGCAAGGUGGGACAGAGUUGAAGAUGACUCUAGUGAAGAUGAUGAUGAUGAUGACGAUGAGGAGUCUCAGCCUCAAUACCGGUUCCGGGUAAGAACUGUUGGUAUGCGACCAGUGAAGUGAAAUGUGAUGAAAUAAAAAAUAAAAAAAAAGGAAUGAUGUAAAUAACUUUUUUGAUUCCUAUUAUCUUCACAAAGAGUCUCCUAUGUUGAGGAAAGUGUAGUUUGAGAAGCUGUGUUUGAUCCAUCAUGUUUAACCAUCCAAAGCCAGGGGCAUCAUAUUUUACAGUUGCCUCGCUGGUUUGAGUUCCUCCCAAUCAAACUGCCAUUCAAAAUUUCAGGCUGCCUCCAUUAUUUUGGAAAUGGCUGCACAUAUUAACGGAUGGUCCUCAUUGAUUUCAGAGUCAGGUGAUGCUAUUAUUUGCCUGCCUUUUGAAGUAAAAAUCAGAGUCUGACUCUCCUCUGAUUGCUUAAAAUGCAUCAACGGAGAUGAGGAUUUUGAAUCUGCUAGCUUGUUUAAAUUGGAGGAACAAUUUUAGACAUCAAAAGUUAUCUUAUUUUCUGGAAAUUAGUACAAAAUUUGUAUUUUAUUUAUUUGUAUAUUUAUUACUGAAGAGUUCUUGGUUAUAUUUGAUUAUUUUGCUCUGGUCAAUUCAAUAAUAACUUAACCGGCUGUAAUUGCUGUUGUUGAUUCUGUGACUAAAAUAUUUUGAUUCCCAAGGAAUGGAAUGCGUAUCUUGAGUUAAGCCCUUACUCCUGUGGAGAUGGUUUUUAUGAUUGUCUUGUCAUAAAUUCUGCCUGAAAGGAGCCUUGAUUGUAAAUCAGAAUAAAUGUCAAAUGCAUUUUUGUUCAAAUUCGAUUCUCAUCAAUAAACACAAUACAAAAGACCUCUAUCAGUAGCAAUCGAUGAACCCGCGGAUGUAGAACCCCACCAUAUCUAGAAAUCAUCACCCUUCUAUGAUCUCUCAGUCUAUUUUCUGCUCUGUAAGAAGGAAUAAAAAAAAAAAAUGAAAACAUGGCUGAAAACAAUAAGCAGGCGGGAUUAAUUUCUAGUUUGUUCAUUCUGUUCGAUGCCAAUUCCCUGAACAAUGUCCAAAGUUGCUUGCUCGCAAGAAGCUUUGCCUCCAUCUGACAAUUUUCCAGUACGAACAUUAAAGCUUAAUGGCGAUAGCAAGCUAGGAAAAUAUGGGAGCCCAAAAAAAUGACAAGUAAAUCUAUCAUGAACCUCCUUAGAGCCAAAAUGCUUCAGUUAGUGUUUUUCUUUUGGGGUUAAAUAAAAGUCUAGGAUAGGAGAAGCUUCUU